AGUGGCAACCACAGCCACACCACCAAUUUGCUAUAAAAAACUUAAAAUUCACGUGUAACAAGUUAAAUUGAAUGAAAAUACUCUAUUUUUAAAUUUGUAACAAUGACUGAAGUUAUAACCAGAGCCGAAGUGAAGAAAAACCGGCACAGGAACAAGCCGUGGCUAAUAAUACAUGACGAUGUGUAUGAUGUUACUAAAUUUUUAGAAGAGCACCCUGGAGGCGAGGACACCCUUCUGGACGCUGCGGGCUCAGAUGCCACUCAAGCUUUUGAAGAUGUUGGCCACAGUGAAGAUGCAAGAGAGUUGCUGAAGCAGUAUAAAAUCGGAACCCUGCCAGAUGACGAAAAAUCACCGAAACCUGUUCCUCCUUGCUCUUGGAAGUGGUACGCUCUCGCAGCACUCAUAAUCGGCGCUAUAGCUGUGGGCGCUGUGGCGUAUAAGAAGAGCUCAUAAACAUCUAAAAGCUGUAACAAACGGGCAUUACCGGACGGACUUGUUUCGGUCUGCAUAUUUCUUUCUCCCUCCUACUUGUAGCUGCUUCUUUAAAAUCUUUAACAGACGUACGGCGUUGGACAUUCCACUCGGUCAAACAGGCUUCGUACCGGACCAAGGUCUGGUACGCCCGUCUGUUACAGCUAUAAGCUAGCACAACUGUCUAUAUCGCCACAGGUAGAUUCUUUUCUUUCUCACAAAUAGUUGAUACUGCAACCCUUUAAAACGCAAAAAGUUCUGAGUUCAAGCCUCCAUGACGCUAGAUUGUUUUGAUGAUUAGUUGGGAAAAAACGCAAAAAGAGGCCAAAAGUUAGUUUAAUUCUAACCUGCCUUGUGAAUAAAUUAAUUUGAUUAAUCGCAAUAAAAUAAUAGUAUAGGAAGGACGUGGAGACCAGAUGAUAUGACAUUUAACCUACCUUCCUUCAAGACAACAACGUACUCAUAUUUUAAAGGCCGGCAACGCACUUCCAAUCCCUCAUGGCUCCUCUACACGAUGGCCCAGCGCCGGCCACUCCAAGGGACGCAUUUAUGCGUUAGAGGGAGCAAAUGAUAUUGCUAUCUCAUUCUACCGCAUGGCUACAUCCCUUGGAGUGGCCGGCGCUGGCCCAUUGUUUAGAGGAGCCAUUAGGUGUUGCGGGUGUCCAUGGGCGGUGGUAAUUGCUUACCACUAGGCGAAUUUGCUUGUUUGCGUAAACGUAUAUUGAAUUUAAAAUAUACAGAUUAACUAGUAUAUAAUAACAUUUUAAAUACAAAUAUCAUUGUAAUACAUAUUCCACCGACUUUUUUCACAAAAUUAAUUAAUGGAGUUUUUUUUUCUUAUGUAAUAUAUUAUAUUCGUGGCAUGAAAAAGUGGUUGUGCUGGCCUCAUUGGCCUCAAUAAACCAUUCCAGUCUCGUUACGUCACAAUCAGUACAUAAAAUGUACUGUUUUAUGUUUUACACGAUUAAGUAAAGAAAUAAUUAUUUAUGGACAGGCUAUACCUAUAAUACUUAUAUGUAUAGUGCAAUAGGAUUUCAUUAUAUUUAAAAAUAUCGAUCUACAUAAGUCAGGGCCCAGAAUCAACAUAUUUAUUUAUUAUUUUACAAUUGUCAUACGCUCAAUUUUUUUCUUAUACUUUUAAGAUGGAAGCAAAAUAAUUAGUAUUUACUUAUGAAUAUUUAUAAGCGAAAAUCAAUAAAAAAAAUUAUAUCUGACUUUUUGUAUAAUUUGAUAUCUAGUGAUAGGGAUAUUUUUUAUUUCGAUGUUAUUUGGCUAUUUUAUUUUUAUUUUUACUCAUCGCUAUAGACGUGAAUGUGCGAAAAUUUUCCAAAAGGUUGAAAAAGAUCUCAAAACUUUUUAGGAAAAAUGCGCACAAAACAAAAGAAACUUUUAUUUUGAUAGGUAAGGUUUACUCGGGUAGUUCCGAAUGUCGAAAACUGUCGGAUAAUUCCGAAAAGAGACUUUUAUUAUGAUGGAAUUAAGGGUGAUUUUCAUCUGUAUUUCGGAACUAAGUAUCCGACAUUCGGUAUUACCCGAAUACACCUUAUACAAAGAUAUGAGAUAAAGAAAUUUUUCAUUGGACAUAUUACAAAUUUUUCAAUUAUAACACUUUAAACUUUCCUGUUUUGUAGACAUUUAAUUACACAAACGGGUGUACCGUACUUUCAUUACUUUUACCUCAAAUUCCGACGUUUCCGAUGAAAGUAUAGCGCGGUAGACCCGUUUGUGUAAUUAAAUAUUGUUGUUAUUUUCUCAAUUUGAGUAAAUUUUCGACGGCACGAUAAGUUUGGUACAAUUAAAGAGAAUUUACUCGUAUUU